UAUUCCAGCGCAGAAGGAGGCAUGGGGAAUCUCCUCCUAGACAACAAACCCACAUUCAAAGAGGGGCGCGCGGAUUACAUCACGCUGCGCUCGCAGGAUAAAACGGCGCUCGCGGGCUGCGCUCCUCUGCAUCAUGUGGAGCCCCCGCGCGCGGAGCGCAGGACGACAGCCCAUCUGUGAGGUGCAGUUGGUCACCAGCAAUUUGGUGUGAUGCUGCUUUGCAUGAAGCCCUCUUCUCCGUUUGGGUUUUCGCGAUGGGAAACUGAAUUUUAGCGCAGUUCUGGAUUUGCCUCACGCGCAAUUACGCACGUCUUAAAGCUCCACGCGCUUCUCCCUCCACUGGACAUGGAUCAGCCUCCUCGGUGCGUCCCUCUGCUGAUGCUGACUCUCGGACUUGUGAUGAACGGAGGGAUUUGUCAGCCGUACUUAAUUCUCCGCCCCAUCCCGAGCGACAGCCUGCCUCUGGUGGAGCUGAAGGAGGACCCGGAUCCCGUCUAUGACCCCAAGGAACGGGACUUUAACGAAACCGAGUUAAAGAGCAUCCUGGGAGACUUCGACAGCCGCUUUUUGUCCGUCUCGCCCCCCGUUGAGGUCAAACACGCGGCGAACGACGAGCUCGAUGACUUUGCGCUGCAGAGAGCGGGUGGAAUAAUGCCGAAGGAGAUCCGGGCCGUGGAUUUCGACCUCCAGUCCGGCAAGAAGCACAAACCCAGCAAGAAGCUGAAGCGGCGGCUGCAGCAGUGGCUGUGGGCUUACUCCUUCUGUCCGGUUCUGUACUCGUGGACCGACCUGGGCAACAGGUUCUGGCCGCGCUUUGUGCGCGUGGGCAGCUGCCUGAGCAAACGCUCGUGCUCCGUUCCGGAGGGGAUGGUGUGCAAACCCGCGAGCUCGACCCACCUGACCACGCUCAGGUGGAGGUGCGUGCAGAGGAAAGCGGCCGAGCGGCUGAAGUGCGCCUGGAUCCCUGUGCAGUACCCGGUCAUCACGGACUGCAAAUGCUCGUGCUCGAGUUAAAACACGGAGAAAGACUCUGAAAACUUAAAUUAUGAACUAUUUUUAUAAAUCACCCACGUGCACUAUGGAGUGUCUGUAUGUUUUGUAAAUUGUUGCCUGCAGUUUUUAUCUAAACUCCUGUACAGAGUCAGUAUUAUUUGUAACCAGAGUCUACUUUAUUGUGCAGAAUAUUGCUUUUAUAUUUUGUAUUUAAGUGGAGCCACAUGAGGACUUGAUGUUUCCACAUCCGGAUGAAGCAUUAUCCAUGUGUCAAUCAUUUGUUUUUAUCUGUAAAUUAAGGAGGUGUAUUAUUUAUUCUUUAUAUUGGUACAAUAAAGCCACACUGAUGUGAUUUUAAAA